AUGCUGAAUACAUUCAAGACAAAGUCGACGCAAGCGGCAGCAUUGGCACGGAAUAAGGCGGAAUCGCUCAAAGGCGCAGCCCAAAAGUCAAGUAUUGUCAGCUCGAUUAAAGAUGCGACGCAAAAAGGAUCAAUAGCAUUGCAGGCAAAGGCUGAUGCACUUAAUAUUAAGGUACCAGCUGUGGUAAAAUCAUCAGAUUCGUCCUUAUCGCUCGCUGACACGAUAAAUGAGAGUGAUUUAGAAGAAGGAAAAGCUUCUUCUGAUACAAAUCAAGAAAAAGAAGGUUUAUUGAAUGAUUUGAAGUACGAGUGUGGUCUCACAAAACGUCAACGACUAUAUGGAGCGAUUAUCUGCUACUUGUUUGGCACGCUUUGUGGUUUCUUAUCGACAUUAAUGAUGUGGGGAGGCCCGAAACAUCUCAAGCAGUUUGCUUUCUUUUAUACAUUGGGAACAAUUUGCAGCAUUGGCAGUUCACUUUUCUUGAUUGGACCUAUGAGACAACUUCAGGUCAUGUGCAUGCCUGUUCGACGCAUUGCCUGCUGCGUUUGGCUAAGUGCCAUGUUCACGACACUUGUUAUCGCCUUUGGUUUCCCAAAAGCAGUUCCGCUUAUAUUGCUGCUAAUUGUUAUACAGUAUAGUGCAAUGCUUUGGUAUGGUGCUUCGUUCAUUCCUUAUGGUCGAGCCGUUCUUCGAAAGAGCUGCUUCAAAGCAGCUAGUUACGUCAGCAGCUAG